AUGAGAUUUGUCUUGGACGGCACAAUUACAAGGCUGAAGUAUCAAUGUCCUACUUAUGAGGGAUUAUUAAUGCAACGCAAAGCAGAAACGCCGUUGGCCGUCGCUCUUAGUAGUAGCGCUCUCCCAACGUGGUCUAAUUGGUACGUGUACCUGCUGCAACACGGGAAGAAAGUGCACAAGAAGAAGACGUCCACGAAGCGAGGGGAGCGAAGCCCCAUCUUCAACGAGGCCAUCAUCUUCAGCGUCCCUGCGCAUACGCUGCAGAUGCAGCAAAAAUUGCCACAAUAUUUAAAUAAAUGUGGAUUUUCUUCAUUCAUUAAAUUUCGUUGUUCGUACCUUUCAAGUUCAGAACAAGAAAUAUAUAGUUGUGAAAUACUAUAA